AUGCCUCUGAGUCUCUGCGCUCUCUCCCUUUUUAUCUCCAGCCCCCUGCUGCCCGAGGUGAAGGAGCUGUACCUGGAAGCUGCCCAGCACAACUCGGACACGAUCGACCCAGACCUGCAGACAGGGUUGGGAGUGCUGUAUAACCUCAGCUCCGAGUUCAACAAAGCAGUGGAAGCCUUCAACGCAGCGCUGUCAGUGCGGCCGGAGGACUACCUGCUGUGGAAUCGACUGGGGGCGACGCUGGCUAAUGGAGAUCGCAGCGAGGAGGCUGUGGAGGCCUAUACCAGAGCCCUGGAGCUGCAGCCCGGCUUCAUCCGCUCACGUUACAACCUCGGCAUCAGCUGCAUUAACAUGGGCGCUCACAGGGAGGCAGCCAGUAAUUUCCUGACGGCUCUUAGCCUGCAGAGGAAGAGCAGGAGUCGGCAGCUUUCGCACCAGGUCAUGUCUGGAAGCAUCUGGGCGGCCCUGCGGAUAGCGCUGUCCAUGCUGGACCAGCCGGAGCUCUUUCAAGCUGCUAACAUAGGAGACCUGGACUUACUCAUGAGAGCUUUUAACCUGGAUAUGUGAGCGAGGAUACCCUUUAACCAUGGCAAAUAUCCAAAGUCCUUUAUGAGAAGAACUUUGUCAGAAAAGCAACCUUUGUUUCGCAGAGCACCUUUACAUUCCUGAGAAAUGAGUGCUAAAUAAUAAUACUAUUUUACUAGAUUUGCACAUCAGUUUACGAUUACCCUAAAGAGCACAAAGCCGGGUGAAGAUUGUACAAGUAUGCCUUAGAGAAAAUAUCAGCUAGACCUGCAAUGUAACAGUGGGAAUCGGAGAAAACCACAAUUGAUGAGAGGAACGCAGACUAUAAAUGUGCAAGAACAACAUUGGCUUCACAUUAAUGAUUUGAUUAGACGUACUGUACUGCAUAGACUUCAUGUAUUGGUUCGAUUGCACUCUUUAUUUGAGAUGGUGGGGUUAUUAUCGAUUUUGGUGGCACUUAGUUCAAACCUGGACACUCCUCACCUGAUCUCUGCUGCAUCAUCCCCUUUAUUUCCUGGAGCUUGCAGACCAGAUUAAAAAGCCUUACUUAUCUUGCAUGCAAAAUAAAUAAUUGAGAUGUUAUCGGUAUGAUACCAGAUAAAAGCCAUUCC